AAACCCUAGCAGAAAAAAAAAACGAAAUCAAUGGGAAUCUGCAGGAGGAAGUGGGAGGAAUAGAAUCAAUCAGAAAUCGAAUCACAGUAGUGAUGAUGGCAAACCUUCCGGUGGAAGUAGUGACCGAAAUCCUGUCCCGUCUACCGGUGAAGUCGGUGAUCCGGCUGCGGUCUACCUGCAAGUGGUGGCGGUCCAUCAUCGACAGCAGGCACUUCGUCCUCUUCCACCUCAACAAAUCCCACUCCAGCCUCAUUCUCCGCCACCGCUCCCACCUCUACUCCUUGGACCUCAAAUCUCCGGAACAGAAUCCCGUGGAACUGAGCCACCCCCUGAUGUGCUACAGCAACAGCAUCAAGGUCCUCGGCUCCUCCAACGGCCUCCUCUGCAUCUCCAACGUUGCUGACGACAUCGCCCUCUGGAACCCUUUCCUCCGCAAGCACCGUAUUCUCCCCGCCGACCGCUUCCACCGCCCCCAAUCCUCCCUCUUCGCCGCCCGCGUCUACGGCUUCGGCCACCACUCCCCCUCCAACGACUACAAGCUCCUGAGCAUUACCUACUUCGUGGAUCUCCAGAAACGCACCUUCGAUUCCCAGGUCCAGCUCUACACCCUCAAAUCCGACUCCUGGAAGAACCUCCCCAGCAUGCCCUACGCCCUCUGCUGCGCCCGCACCAUGGGCGUCUUCGUCUCCGGCUCCCUCCACUGGCUCGUCACCAGAAAACUCCAACCCCACGAACCCGAUCUCAUCGUCUCCUUUGACCUCACGCGCGAGACAUUCCAUGAAGUGCCUCUCCCUGUAACCGUCAACGGAGAUUUCGACAUGCAAGUUGCUUUAUUAGGAGGAUGUCUCUGCGUGGUGGAGCAUAGGGGAACUGGAUUUGAUGUUUGGGUCAUGAGAGUGUACGGAUCUAGAAAUUCAUGGGAGAAACUGUUUACGCUAUUAGAGAACAACGACCAUCAUGAGAUGAUGGGAUCAGGGAAAUUGAAAUAUGUGAGGCCUUUGGCUUUGGAUGGGGACAGGGUUUUGUUCGAACACAACCGUAGCAAGCUCUGUUGGUAUAACCUCAAAACUGGUGACGUGAGUUGCGUUAAAAUAACUGCUGCAAUUGGAAACACGAUUGAAGGCACGGUUUGUGUAGAAAGCCUUGUUCCGCCAACUUUACUGAAUCUGCGUGAUGAGAGCCAGAGCCAGGAGAAAAAUGGGAAGAAAAGGGAUGACUUCCUCUCUCAGGGGUUCAAAUUGACCUUGUAAAGCGAGCAAAACAAGAGGAAAUGGUAUAUAAGCUGAAACUGGUUUAUCCUGUGAAUUGAGUUGUGAUCUUGUUCUGAAAUUGGACGCCCUGGUUCAUGGGAAACAGUUGGAAUUGGAAUCAUCAGUUACAAAACCACUCUUUUUAUUGUUAAAUUUUGGGGACUUUCAAUUACCCCACCCUUUACUGGCUUGAGUUUGCUCAUGUUUUUCUCAGGAUUGAAUUUGAAGGGGAACCAAAGUGCUACAGUUCACAAUUUUCAAUACCAAGAAAACGAUGAUAAAAGAUCCCGGGUGGAUGCUGCUUGAUUCUUUUCCUUACGUUAGAAGCUGUUCAUCCCAACAAGGAGAAAACUAAUGCGCCAUCUCCCGUUUUGUUUGUAAUAAAUUUGUAUUUAUAUUUUAUACUCCUAUAGGCUGCUACAAACUUGAGUUCUUUGCCCCAUCGGGGUGGUUUAUGCAUCUUUAUAUUUUAUGGUUGUAGCCACCCUUAUACAAGCCAUUGGAAUAGGUGAAUCUAUACAGUUUUACAUGAAUGGUUAUCUGUUGAAAGAAAGUAAGUUCUAUUCGCUCUCGAUUGAUAAAUGGAAGAAAGUAUAUCGUCUGCGGACA